AUGUACACAUUCGUAAAAAAGGUUUCUAAAUGCUUUGCUAGCGGAUUCUCCUGGUGUAAAAGUUUCAGUUAUCGUAAAUUUUUUAAUGAAGAUUAUUUUUGGACGAAAGCAAACGUUGGACCAUUUUUCAUCGGUCUUAUAACGGCACCCUACUGGUUUUCAGCUUUAAAAAAUAUAUACUGGACGUUGCGUUAUGAACAAUUAAAUAAACAAGAAAUAUUAUCUGACAGAUUUACAUGGUUAUACGAAAGAAUGCUAGAAGACGAAGUACAUAAGACUCUCUUACAGAAGUUACCAUCAUAUAAUUUUAAAAAUAAUGGUCCAGAAAAUAUACUAGGGCCAAGCAAAAUAUGA